GACAUUUCGCUGUCGGUGACGAAAAUAACCCAAAAUUGGGUAAUUUUUCACGAAAGGAUUUUUCAAGUAAAUUUUCUCACUUUUCUGCAUUAAGCCGAGAAACAAACGAGCGAAAAGCGAUAAGGAUCUGCAAAACGUCACACAACCCGAGUCGGCUACCUGUCAAUUGUGUUUGUGGGGCGAGCUGGGAGCUGGGAAAGUUUGUUACGACGGAAGAAGGAAAACAUUCACCCUUCGAACGUAAAGAAACCCAAAGUCUGGAAAUAUUUACAACGUAAAUUACACACACACACAGGACGACGACCGCACAAUCUCUGUUUCUCUGUGGUGUACAGGCAUUUUACCCCGUUUUACCCGCACACACACACACACAUUAAGACGAUGCUCAGCUGAAGCCAAAGUGUAUCCUCCGUGAAGACGCAGCAGAAAGCACCAGAGUUCGAGGACGGACGGAAGACGGAGCAGUGCAGCGCUGUGUUUUGAAUUGAUUCCGUGCAAUACAUUCGUCUUGUCUUUAAGCUUACCCCGUGCACGGAUGUGACUCAUCGUGUUCCGGUUGGUGAACUGCUCCCCGAUCAAGAAGCAAAGAAGGCUGUCUGCUUAUCUAGCCCGCACAGGCAAGCACAACACGCAAACACAGAAACACUUGACCAUGAUCACGCUAGCCCGCAAGAAGAAAGAGUCGGGCAGUGGCGGCGGUGGAGGUGGCGGAAACGGAGGAUCCACCACCGGAAGCACUGCUGGGGGCGGUGGCGCAGCCGGUGGUGGUCCGCUGUCCGAUGCGCCGAAGCGGAUAUCCAUCCGGGAGUUUCUGCUCGUGAAGGAGGUGCAGGAGCUGGAACAGAACCUGCCGAUCACCUGCAAGGUGACGUUCCACGAUCCGAACGUGCUGAGCGAGUUCACGCUAGUCAUCAGUCCGAACGAAGGGUUUUGGUGCGGGGGUCGCUUCAAGUUUAGCAUUCUCGUGCCGGAAGAGUACAACAUGGCGCCACCGAAGGUGAAAUGUCUUACCAAGCUGUGGCACCCGAACAUAUCCGUCGAGGGAGACAUCUGCCUUUCGCUGCUCCGGUUGAACUCGAUCGACGGGCUCGGAUGGGCACCGACCCGCCGGCUCAAGGAUGUCAUCUGGGGUCUCAACUCACUCUUCACCGACCUGCUAAACUUUGACGACCCGCUCAACAUCGAAGCGGCGGAACAGUAUUCCAAAGACAAGGAGCGCUUCCAGGCGAAGGUGCGCGAGUACGUGUCCGCAUACGCGAGAAGAUAAUAAUUCAAGACUUCCUCCACCACCAACAUCACCCUUCCCUUUCCAUUCCCUUUUGCUUCCCUCCCCUCCCCGAGAGACUGCAAAACACCCUCCUGCCGAUCCUGCCUCCGGACACCGGGCCCUUUUUUUGGGGGAACAGAGACGAAAGAGAGAGAGAGAGAGAUAGAGAGAGAGAAGUGGGAUAAAAAACAAGAAGAUUGGUCCCCCACGAACCGAAUAGGAUUGCAACACCUACACACAAGCAUUAAUAUAUACCCCUUUCUCACAUAAGCACACACAUAUAGUCAAAGCAGAAGCAUGUAAAGCAUAACUUAAUGCAUAAUCCCAUUA